AUGGCGGAGAUGGUGGCCGCCAUGGUCAUCCGGCCACUGGUGUCCAUGCUGAUGAGCAAGGCGUCCAGCUCCCUCCUGGAUGAGUACAAGGUGAUGGAGGGAAUGGAGGAGCAGCACAAGGUUCUCAAGCGCAAGCUUCCGGCCAUCCUCGACGUCAUGGCCGACGCCGAGGAGCAGGCGACGGGGCAUAGAGAUGGGGCCAAAGCCUGGCUCCAGGAGCUCAAGACAGUGGCUUAUCAGGCAAAUGAAGUCUUCGACGAGUUCAAGUACGAAGCACUUCGCCGUGAAGCCAGGAAGAAGGGGCAUUACAGAAAGCUCGGCUUUGAUGUAAUAAAACUCUUCCCUACUCACAAUCGUAUUGUGUUCCGUUACCAAAUGGGUCGCAAGCUUUGCCGGAUUCUGAAGGCCAUUGAUGUCCUUAUAGCAGAGAUGCAUGCCUUUAGGUUCAAGUAUCGACCACAACCACCAGUGUCCAAGUAG